GUUGACAGGCCGGCCAGCGGGGAAGGCGCAUGCUGGCGCCCGGAGGAGCCCGGGGAAGGCGAUCGGGGUGUGGGGGCGCCGGAGCCGAGGCUCCCACUGGGGCCUCUGGGUCACGGCGCCGGUGCGAGGCGGUGUCGGCCCAGCCGGACGCGGCGGCGGGGUGGUGGCUUCAGCCCUGAAGCUGCAGACGCUUGCUAGGCCACUGGGUGCCUACAGGGAUGGGUGAAGUGCACCAGACCUGCAACACUUCCCUGCAGCCACCUUCUCCCUAGGGCCUCCUGGCCGCAGCGUGUGCGAGGAUGCACCUCUCAGCUGUGCUCAAUGCCCUGCUGGUGUCAGUGCUGGCUGCAGUCCUUUGGAAGCACGUGCGGCUCUGUGAGCAUGCGGCCACCCUGGAGGAGGAGCUGGCCGUGGGUCGCCAAGCCUCCGAGCAGGCCCCCGUGCUAAGGGUCAACUACCCCAAGGCCCUGCAGAUGCUGACGGAGAGCGGGACGCACAUGGUGUGCAGCGGCCGAACGCACACGGACCGGGUCUGCCGCUUCAAGUGGCUCUGCUACUCCAACGAGGCGGAGGAGUUCAUCUUCUUCCAUGGCAACAUCUCCGUCAUGCUGCCCAACCUGGGCUCCCGGCGCUUCCAGCCGGCCCUGCUCGACCUGUCCACCGUCGAGGACCACAACACCCAGUACUUCAACUUCGUGGAGCUGCCAACUGCGGCCUUGCGUUUCAUGCCCAAGCCAGUAUUUGUUCCUGACGUGGCCUUCAUCCUCAACCGCUUCAACCCCGACAACCUGAUGCACGUCUUCCAUGAUGACCUGCUGCCUCUCUUCUACACGCUGCGCCAGUUCCCGGGCCUGGCGCAGGAGGCACGGCUCUUCUUCAUGGAGGGCUGGGGCGAAGGGGCGCACUUUGACCUCUACAGGCUGCUCAGCCCCAAACAGCCGCUCCUGCGGACCCAGCUCAAGUCCCUGGGCCGGCUACUGUGCUUUGCACAAGCGUUCGUGGGCCUCUCCAAGAUCACCACCUGGUACCAGUACGGCUUUGUGCAGCCCCAGGGCCCCAAAGCCAACAUCCUUGUCUCUGGCACCGAGAUCCGGCAGUUUGCAUUCUACAUGACCAGGAAGCUGAAUGUGAGCCACACAGGCUCCCCCCUCGGGGAGGAGUACAUCCUGGUCUUCAGUCGCACGCAAAAUAGACUCAUCCUGAACGAGGCAGAACUGCUGCUUGCCCUGGCCCAGGAGUUCCAGAUGAAGACGGUAAGGGUGACCCUGGAGGAUCACAGCUUUGCGGACGUGGUCCGACUGGUCAGCUACGCGUCCAUGCUUGUCAGCAUGCAUGGGGCCCAGCUGGUCACUGCCCUCUUCUUGCCCCGGGGAGCCACUGUCGUGGAGCUCUUCCCCUACGCUGUCAAUCCUGACCACUACACCCCCUACAAGACCCUGGCCACACUGCCCGGCAUGGACCUCCAGUAUGUGGCAUGGCGAAACAUGAUACCGGAGAACACGGUCACACACCCCGAGCGGCCCUGGGACCAGGGGGGCAUCACCCACCUCGACCGGGCGGAGCAGGCACGCAUCCUGCAAAGCCAGGAAGUCCCCAGGCACCUCUGCUGCCGCAACCCAGAAUGGCUGUUCCGAAUCUACCAGGACACCAAGGUGGACAUCCCAUCCCUUGUGCAGAGCAUUCGGCAAGUGGUAAAGGGCCGUCCAGGGCAACGGAAGCAGAAGUGGACAGUCGGCCUCUACCCGGGCAAGGUGCGAGAGGCACGAUGCCAGGCCUCAGUGCAGGGGGCCUCUGAGGCCCGCCUCAGCGUCUCCUGGCAGAUCCCGUGGAAUCUCAAGUACCUGAAGGUACGGGAGGUCAAGUAUGAGGUGUGGCUGCAGGAGCAGGGUGAGAACACCUAUGUGCCUUACAUCCUGACCCUGCAGAACCACACCUUCACCGAGAACAUCAAGCCCUUCACCACCUAUCUGGUGUGGGUCCGCUGCAUCUUCAACAAGAACCUCCAAGGACCCUUUGCAGAUGUACUGGUGUGCAACACGUAGUGGGCAUGUUGUAGAGGGCAGGGCCACUUGCCCUACCCUGCGCGUUGGCUGCUGGAAAUCUCCCUUUUAUUUAUUGAACAGGCCUGUGCCUGCUAAGACAGCAUCUAGGGUGUGAGGUUAGCAGCACCCUUCUGUGUCUAGUGCAGUGGAAUUACCCACUUCAGUCUCUGUCCUUAUCCACUCCUGAGUGUCCAGAUCCCUGAAGAAGGCCCUUAGGAAAAGGAGGGAAAGAAGGAAGAGAAAGUAAGAAUCCCAAGGAAUUGCUUUAGCAUUGUGAUCUUGUUGUUCCUCCCCAAGUCUCUCUGGGCAUAACCCAAGUGUCUGGAAAUGGCAAGGGGUCGAGGGAUGGUUUGGACCAGUGGGUCCUCAGUGUCCAUCAUGGAAUUCAUCCUGUUGCCCCAUGAAGGGUGUGUUUGGAACAUCCAUUAAAUGAUUGUGAACAUCU